AUGGCCGACCUGAGACCGUUCACCAACGUUGAUCCUGCGACGGCGGCCGCAUUGCGGCGCAAUGGCUGUGACCCGCACGAGGUGGACCAAUUCGUGGAGCACGUGCUAGCGUACAUCUACACCCUCGUCCCUCGCCCGCCGUUCACCCACAGCGGCCGGCUCACGGCCCUCGCCGCCUCCACUGACGGCGUCGACCGCAUCAGCAGCCUCCCCGACGAGCUCCUGCGCAACAUCGUCGCUCGCCUCCCCGUCAAGGACGCCGCGUGCACCGCCGUGCUCUCCACCUGCUGGCGCACGCUCUGGCGCUCCACGCCCCUCGUCCUCAGCGACGCCCACCUCCUCCCCGACGGCCACGUCUGGCCUCCUACGCGCGCCAACUCGCCGGCCGUCACCGCGGCCAUGUCCCGCAUCCUCGAAGCGCACCCGGGGCCCUUCCACUGCGUCAAUCUCGUCUGCAGCCACAUGAAUGGCUACCUUGCCCGGCUCGCGCGCUGGAUCCAGCUCCUCGCCGCCAAGGGCGUCCAAGAUCUCGUCCUCGUCAACCGACCGUGGCCGCAAGACGUGCCCCUCCCCGCCACUCUCUUCAGCGUCAGCACCCUCACCAGCCUCUACAUCGGCUUCUGGAAAUUGCCGAGCAUGGACGUCCUGCGCGGUGCCUCCUUUCCCCACCUUGUCGAGCUCGGCAUAUGCAGCGUUGAAAUGGAGCACGGCGCCGUCGAGUCCCUCGUCGCCAGGAGCCCUGUCCUGGAGAUCCUCAACAUCGAGGGAUGCCGAAGGGAGCUGCGUCUACGCCUCGUCAGCCAGAGCCUACGCUGCGUGCAAAUCUGCAGCUCGGUUGUGGAGAACAUCACCAUGGUAAAGGCUCCAUGCCUCGAGCGGCUUAUCCUCUCUGACAGAGUUGGUCGUGGUGCCUUCAGAGUCAGGAUUGUCAAUGCCCCCAAGCUGCACACGUUUGGAUUCUUAGAGCCAGGACAGGUCCUAGAGGUUGGGAAAACGGCCAUCAUGCUCGGGAUAGAGGCAAGCACAAGUACCAUGCUCACAACCGUGAAAAUUCUGAGCUUGAAUGUGCGUUUCGGGGUUCGCAGUGACGUCGAGAUGGUGCCCACCUUCCUCAGAUGUUUUCCCAACGUUGAGAGACUGCACAUUAUGAGCAAAAGAUGCGAUCAACCCAUUGGUAACCACCUCACCCGCAAGUUCUGGGAGGAGUCUGGUCCCAUCGAAAAUGUCGUCUCGCGCAUCCACACGAUGUGCCUCCGCGAGUUCAGAGGGGACACUAGUGAGGUUGGCUUCCUGGAGUUCUUCUUCGGUAGCGCGCGCUCGCUGCGGUCCGCGUUCAUUUUGAUGGCCAAUCCACUUUUCACGCCGUACUCGACCAAGGAGGCGGACGCCAAGGUGAGACACAGCUGCAGAAACAUGGUAUCUGAGUCCAGCUACCAGUUUGUGGUUGUGAACCAAGGACAACCAGGGGGUGCUCCCUGGAACUUCAAAACCGGGGCGGAUUUCUCUUUCCCUGACCCAUUUUCGUUCGCCACGGGGGUCUUCCAAGCUUAG